AUGAAGGUGUCUAUUGUGUUAAUCACUGUUCAAGCAUCAUUAGCUUUGGCUUUUCCUACGUUUUUCUUUUCAGAUUGGAAUAAACAUCAACAAUUAUUACAACAAGAAUUAUCCAUUCAAGAAGGUGGCAAUGAAGAUAGAUUAAUUAAAUUAAGUCCUAAUGAAUUUAAAAUCAUCAAGGAAGCCGAAAAAAUGAAAUUAAGAAGAUCUAAUAUCAAUUUCAUUGAUAUCACUGAACAAAUCUCCAUUGAACAAGCUUAUGAACAAGGAAUUAUCACUAAACCAUCAAAAUCUAAUUGGUUCCUUCCUGAUUUAAAUUUAAUUGGUGCCAAACAAUUGAGUCAAAUUAAAAAGGUCCCCGAAUAUAAGUAUCCUACUGAAGUUAAACAUGAUGAAAAAGUUAAAAAAUUAUAUGAAUCAAUUAAUAUUGAUUUGGUUUAUGAUAAUUUAUCUAAUUUUACAUCAUUCUUUACCAGAUAUUAUAAAUCAAAAUCAGGGUUUGAAAGUAGUAAAUGGUUAUUCCAACAACUUUCGACUUUAAUUGAACCAGUUGUUGAAAAGGGAGUCACUGUUAAACCAUUCAAUCAUAAAUCAUGGGAUCAAUUCUCCAUCAUUGUUAGUAUUCCAGGUCAAGUUUCUGAAAAAGUGGUGAUUGGAGCUCAUCAAGAUUCAAUUAAUCUUUUAUUCCCUAGUUUGUUAUCUGCUCCUGGUGCUGAUGAUGAUGGUUCAGGAACAGUCACGAUCUUAGAAUCAUUAAGAAUCUUACUUGCAGCUUAUGAAAGUGGAGAUUUCCAACCCUAUAACACUUUAGAAUUCCAUUGGUAUUCGGCUGAAGAAGGAGGAUUAUUAGGUUCGAUUGAUGUUUUCUCAAGUUAUGCUGCUAAUCAUGAAGUUGUAGUAGGUAUGUUACAACAAGAUAUGACCGGUUAUACUGCCACAACCAUUGAUCAAGGGAUUGAACCUCAUUUUGGAUUAAUCACCGAUUAUACCUCUGCUAAUUUAAAUCAAUUUAUAAAAUUAAUCAUUGAUCAUUAUAAUUCAAUUCCAUAUCAUGAAUCAUCAUGUGGAUAUGCUUGUUCUGAUCAUUCAUCAGCUUUAGAAAAUGGUUAUCCUUCCGCAUUUUUAAUUGAAUCAGAAAUGAAAUAUACUAGUAAAUUCAUUCAUUCUGUAAUGGAUACUAUUGAUAGAAUUGAUUGGGAUCAUGUUACUGAACAUAUUAAAUUAACCGUUGCCUUUGCUUAUGAAUUAUCAUUAGCUGAUAAAUUAUAA